AAUCACAGAGCAUACUAUAGCGGCAUCGCUUUUUUACUUUUUACUUUAUUAAGUUAAACUUAUGAUAUAAAAGUGUGUGAAUUUUAUAAACUUAGUAUUAAAAAAAUAUAGAUUUGAAAAUUGUUUAAAUGAACAAACAAAAAGAGAUUUCUAGGAAUCGUGCUACUGAAAAUGAAGUGUUUUCUACUUCAACGCUAGACAAGCAUUCAACAUCAACAGGCAAACACACAAUCAAUAAAACGGCUAGCUCCACCAGGCAACCGACGAAAUGUGCAAAACAUUCUAUAGAUUCUGAUGAAAUUGUUAUAUCCCGAAGAUAUGAUGAAGGAAAUAAACCACCUUGUGUACAGCAAGUUUUGAACACUAGUGAUUAUAAGUCUACUCAAAAAUCUUGUUUCAGAAAGGGUUUUUCUUCUUCGUCGUCAAGUAGUCCUGAACGUUACCGCGAUACUGAAAAAAAUAUAAAUAAUCAAAAAAGGGAGAGAAACUUUAAGUCAUCAAGUCCAGAAAAACGAAGAAGCACAAAGAAAGAAAAAAUACCGUAUUUUGCAGAUGAAAAACGAGAGGAAGAACGGUUGGAACGGAAAUGGAAACUAAGUGCGAAAAAAAUUAAAAAAGAAAAGCACAAUCGAGAAAGUAAAGAUAAAAUAAGCGAUAGAAAAUCUCCACGAUCUUAUAGAAGGAGCCGGAGUAAUUCAAGACAACGUUCACACCACAGAAAGCGUCGACGUAGUAGUGAUCGCCAUCGUAGAUCUAGAAGCAUAUCAUAUAGACGAACGAGAAGCAGGACAAGAUCAAGAUCAAGAUCAAGAGAUAAAUAUAGAAUGAGAAAUGCAUCUGUUAUGCCUUCUAUGUUUCCUGUGAUGAUUGCAACACCAAGUUCAUCUGAUUAUUUUUAUGGGACGCCAAAUUGGAUGCCACCAAUUGUUCCAAUCGCUCCACAGAGAUUUCCUGGCUUCAUACCAAGAUUUCCUGGUUCUAUAAUGACACCUUUUGCGCCAAUGGCUGUUGUUCCACGGUAUCCGCUCCCUGUUCAUAAUUCCAGAUAUCAUCCACAUACAAUACGUCAGCCAAGAUCACAAAGAUUUAAAGCCCCGAACAGAGGCUUCCAUCGACCUAGGUGUCCUUAAUUGAAAUUAUAUAUUCAGGAUAAGAAUAUUACUUUUAUAUAGAAAAAAUUAAAUUUUUGUGAUUUUUGAUUUAAGUUUUCAUCUAUAAGUUUCACGUGAUCUUUGCAUAAUUAGUAAGAAAAAAAAAAUAAGAAAUAAAUUCAAUUUACUUCAACAA